GUGAAGUGAAGCUUGUAGCUUUCUCUGAUCCUACAGUGCAUUUCAUCAUGCUUGGUUGGAUCAUGAUUCAGAUCUGUGUCUCAGCGUCAUCUUCUUCCCAAUGAAGCAUCCGUAGUGUUGCUUCAAGCUAGAAUCACGCAAUGGUUGCCAUUAUUGGCGUUUCUUGUAAGGAGCAGUACUGGAGAGUGUCGCCUAACUCGCACAAUUGGGGUUUUAUUAGCUGCAUUUUGGUUCCUGCAAGAGCUGGAAAUGGUAUAACUAUAAAGAAAGGAUAAGUGGCAGCUAAAUCGAGCGGUGGCCAUCCGCUCACUCAACUAACCACUGGUUGCUUCAAUUUUUUUUCUUGAACCGGACAUGGCAACUACCGGAAUAGUACUGAUAAAGGAAGGGGAUAAGAAUAACGUAUCAUUAAAGUAGAGACCACUUGAAAGGGAUUGUUUUUUAUUGGUUAAAGUUCAAAAUUUGUGGUUGGUGGACUGCUGAAAUCAACAACUCCACCAACAAUUGUACUCAGCAUUACUGAUUUCUUGCAGUAUGAACUUAUCAUCUUCAUUUUACCCACUUCUGAAGUCUGCACUCCAGUCACAGUCAGUGCUGAAACUGGUCAUGGAACGCCGGCGGCGUGCUGGACGACGACCCGGUGGGGAAGCUGAAGGUGUUCGUGUAUGAGAUGCCCCGGAAGUACAACCUGAACCUGCUGGCCAAGGACAGCCGGUGCCUGCACCACAUGUUCGCCGCCGAGAUCUUCAUGCACCAGUUCCUGCUGUCCAGCGCGGUGCGGACGCUGCACCCCGAGGAGGCCGACUGGUUCUUCACGCCUGUGUACACGACCUGCGACCUAACGCCGCAGGGCUUCCCGCUGCCGUUCCGGGCACCACGGAUCAUGCGGAGCGCCAUCCAGUACGUCGCCACGACGUGGCCGUUCUGGAACAGGACGGAGGGCGCCGACCACUUCUUCCUCACGCCCCACGACUUUGGUGCAUGCUUCCACUAUCAGGAGGAGAGGGCGAUGGAGCGCGGGAUCCUGCCGCUGCUCCGGCGCGCGACUCUGGUGCAGACGUUCGGGCAGAGGAACCACGUCUGCCUGCAGGACGGGUCCAUCACCAUCCCGCCCUACGCCAACCCGCACAAGAUGCAGGCGCACCUCAUCAACCCCGGCACGCCGCGCUCCAUCUUCGUCUACUUCCGUGGCCUCUUCUACGACAUGGGCAACGACCCCGAAGGCGGCUACUACGCAAGGGGCGCUCGUGCGUCGGUGUGGGAGAACUUCAAGGACAACCCGCUGUUCGACAUCUCGACGGAGCACCCGUCGACGUACUACGAGGACAUGCAGCGCGCCAUCUUCUGCCUGUGCCCGCUGGGGUGGGCGCCGUGGAGCCCGCGCCUGGUGGAGGCCGUCGUGUUCGGCUGCAUCCCCGUCAUCAUCGCCGACGACAUCGUGCUGCCCUUCUCGGACGCCAUCCCCUGGGACCAGAUCAGCGUCUUCGUCGCCGAGCGCGACGUGCCGCGCCUCGACUCCAUCCUCACCUCCAUCCCGCUCCACGACAUACUCCGCAAGCAGCGCCUGCUCGCCGGCGCGUCCGUCAAGCAGGCCCUGCUCUUCCACCAGCCCGUCAGGCCCGGGGACGCGUUCCACCAGAUACUGAACGGGCUCGCGCGCAAGCUGCCGCACGGCAAGGGCGUGUUCCUCAAGCCCGGGGAGAAGGUUCUGGACUGGAACGCGGGGCUCGAGAGCGACCUCAAGCCGUGGUAGACGCAGCAGCGCCAUUGCAUUGUUGCAUCUACACUAAUUUGUUUUCCUUCUCCGUUUCUUUUCUUUUCUUUCUUUUUUUCUCUCAAUAUUGCUGCAUGUAAAAGCGGUUUGGAUUUAGCAGCCCCUGUGUGGUUUAGAUUUAGCGGUCACGACAUCAACGGUUGCAGUGCGAUUUAGUGUUUGUAAAUCGAUCUAGUUAACCAGUUCUGCAUUUCUCAACUUGUUUCA